GCGUCGUCCGGACCGAUCACAGGGUCUGCGUGUGUUCCUGGCUGCAGCUCAGCAGUGAGGAUAUGUAGCUUCCUGUGUGCUGCCGGGCAGUCCGCGCUCAGUCUGCCGCAUGCCUCUUACCGCCACCAUUACGCAGAGGAAUUCCCUGCUGUCUACACUGCUGCUGGUGCUCGCAUACAGUGAGAGCGUGGGCUAGAGCGAGGAGGAGAGGAGACGAGCUGAAAAGCCACACUGACAGAGGACAGAGCCGGAUUUCUCUUGGGAUUUAAAACAAGGAUGUGCUGUGUUGAUUUCUGUGGAAAACACUGUUUGUGGGAUUUGUUGCUGACCUUUGUGCGAUGGGAUUGCGCACAUAUGUAGAAAGGAACACUGUGUAUCUGUGUGUGUGUGUGUGUGUGUGUGUGAGUGAGUGUGUGUGUGUGUUUUGCACGAGUGUCUGUUCCUGAUGCGGUCAGAACGGGCUAGCCGUGUGUGCAUUGUGGUGUUGGAGGAGGUGGAGGAAGAUGAGAGCUCUUCUUCAUCACCUCCUCCGAUGCACAAUUCAUCUUUUGAUCGCAGAUGUCAUCAUGUGUCUGGAAGGGCUGCUGCUCAGGAUGACAAGCCAUCCCUGCUGAGGGCCAUCUUUAAUGUGGACCCAGAUGAAGUCCGUGCUCUCAUAUUCAAGAAGGAAGAUGUCAACAUUCAGGACAAUGAAAAGCGGACGCCACUUCAUGCUGCAGCAUACCUGGGAGACGCUGAGAUCAUCGAGCUGCUCGUCCUCUCAGGAGCUCGAGUUAAUGCCAAAGACAACAAGUGGCUGACUCCUCUCCACCGAGCCGUGGCCUCCUGUAGCGAGGAUGCAGUGGUGGUGUUGCUGAAGCACAGUGCAGAUGUGAACGCCCGGGACAAAAACUGGCAGACCCCGCUGCACAUAGCAGCUAGCAACAAGGCGGUGCGCUGUGCCGAGGCUUUAGUCCCACAUCUGAGCAACGUCAAUGUCUCCGACCGGGCGGGACGCACCUCUCUGCACCACGCCGCCUUCAGCGGACACGUCGAGAUGGUGAAGUUGCUGCUGUCCAGAGGAGCCAACAUCAAUGCGUUUGACAAGAAGGACAGGAGAGCCAUCCACUGGGCAGCCUACAUGGGUCACCUGGAGGUUGUGAAGUUGCUGGUAUCUAGUGGAGCGGAAGUGGACUGUAAGGACAAAAAGGCGUACACCCCGCUUCACGCAGCCGCCUCCAGCGGCAUGAGCAGCACCGUUCACUACCUGCUGAGUCUGGGAGUCCAUGUGAAUGAGGUGAACGCUUAUGGAAACACACCGCUCCACCUGGCCUGUUACAACGGGCAGGACGUGGUGGUGGGUGAACUCAUCCAGGCAGGAGCCAGUGUCAACCAGGUGAAUGAGAGGGGUUUCUCUCCUCUCCACUUCGCUUCUUCCUCUCGUCAGGGCGCGCUGUGCCAGGAUCUGCUGCUGGCUCAUGGAGCACACAUCAAUCUGAAGAGUAAAGACGGGAAAACCCCCCUUCACAUGGCAGCUACACACGGAAGGUUCUCCUGCUCCCAGACCCUCAUUCAGAAUGGAGCUGACGUGGACGGUGAGGACAAAAGCAGAAACACUGCCCUGCACAUCGCUGCUCGCUUUGGCCAUGAGCUCAUCAUCACAGCACUCAUCAAACAUGGAGCCAGCAUGGUCAAGAGAGGCGUUCAUGGGAUGUUGCCCCUGCACCUGGCAGCUCUCAGCGGCUUCUCAGACUGCUGCAGGAAGCUGCUGUCCUCAGGGUUUGUCAUCGACACCCCUGAUGACUUUGGGAGGACCUGUCUGCAUGCUGCUGCAGCUGGAGGAAACCUGGAGUGUCUGAACCUGCUGCUAAACAUCGGAGCAGACUUCAACAGGAAGGACAACUUCGGAAGGGCUCCGCUGCACUAUGCAUCAGCCAACUGUAACUACCAGUGUGUGUUUGCGUUGGUUGGUUCUGGAGCAAGUGUGAAUGAGCUGGACCAGAGAGGCUGCAGCCCCUUGCACUACGCUGCUGCUGCUGACACGGAGGGAAAAUGUGUGGAGUACCUGUUGAGGAAUGAUGCUAAUCCAGGAGUGAGAGACAAACAGGGUUACAGCGCCGUGCACUACGCCUCGGCUUAUGGACGUACUCUCUGUCUGGAGCUGAUUGCAAGUGUGAGACCUCUUGAUGUGUUAUUGGAGACAUCGGGAGCAGAAGUCCUGAGAGACGUGGAGAGCCAGGCCCCCCUCAGUCCGCUCCAUCUGGCGGCGUAUCAUGGGCACUGUGGAGCCCUGGAGGUCCUCCUGGCGUCCCUGCUGGAUGUGGACGUGCGCAGCCCAGAUGGACGAACCCCCCUCAGCCUGGCGUGCUCGAGGGGGCACCAGGAGUGUGCGUCCCUGCUGCUGCAUCACAGCGCCUCCCCUAUGGCCCGUGACUACAUCCAUAAAAAGACGGCGUUGCAUGCUGCAGCUAUGAACGGCCACCUAGAGUGCCUUCACCUGCUUAUGAGCCACAACAACCAACACAUUAAUGUGGACGCUCAGGACACCAGUGGACAGACUCCUCUGAUGUUGGCCGUGCUGAGCGGACACACAGAGUGUGUGUACUCUCUGCUCAGCCAGGGAGCCUGUGUGGAGACUCAGGACCGCUGGGGCCGGACAGCGCUGCACCGCGGGGCUGUGACGGGUCAGGACGAGUGUGUGGAGGCUCUGCUCCAGCGUGGGGCCGGUGUGUGUGUGAAGGACAUCCGCGGCCGCACCCCCCUUCACCUGGCAUCGGCUUGUGGUCAUAUGGGCGUUCUGAGUACCCUACUGCAGAGCGCCGGUGCAUUUCCCCCUGACACACACCUGACUGACAAUCAGGGCUACACGCCGCUGCACUGGGCCUGCUAUAACGGGUAUGAUGCAUGCGUGGAGGUGCUGUUGGAUCAUGAGAUGUUCAGGAAGAUCAAAGGCAACUCCUUCAGCCCGCUGCACUGUGCCGUCAUGAAUGAUAACGAGGGCGUAGCCGAGAUGUUGAUCGACUCCCUGGGUGACACUAUUGUUAACGCCUCGGACUCCAAAGAAAGGACCCCCCUUCACGCCGCAGCCUUUUCAGACCACGUGGAGUGUGUGUCCCUGCUUCUGAGCCACGGAGCUCAGGCCAACGUUGUUGACACACUAACACACAGGACUCCGCUGAUGAUGGCGGCUCUAAACGGGCAGACCAACGCUGUGGAGGUUCUGGUGAGCAGCGGAAAGACGGAUCUCUCUCUGCAGGAUGUAAACAACAACACGGCGCUGCAUCUAGCUUGUAAUAAGGGUCAUGAAACCAGUGCCUUGUUGAUUCUGGAGAAGAUCAGCGACAGGAACCUCAUCAACUGCACCAACGCUGCUCUCCAGACGCCUUUGCACGUAGCAGCCAGAAUGGGUCUCACAGUCGUUGUCCAGGAGCUGCUGGCUAAAGGAGCCAGUGUGUUAGCGGUGGACGAGAACGGUUACACCCCAGCUCUGGCUUGUGCUCCCAAUCGGGACGUAGCCGACUGUUUGGCCCUCAUCCUCAACUCCAUGAUGCCCACCUCCCCCAUGGUCACCAUCGCAGCCUUACCCGCCCUGUCUCUCACUCAGACCGUCGUCAACCAUCAUCCGAUCUCAAACCACAUCUCCAAAGGUGUUGCCUUCGACACCCCCGCCACUCUGAGACCCGAUCACGCCUCGUACUGCAGGCCGGAGCGGCCGCUGUCCACCGUCUCUGCAGACGAAGAACUGAAUGACUCCGAUUCAGAGACUUACUGAGGGUUUCUGGACAGAGACUUAUAAUUCUGGCAGUUGUGCCAGCCACUCAGGAGCCUUAAUAACCGACAAGAGACUAAACCGUGGAGGAGUAGGUUAGGUUAUUUUAGGUAAGAUCUAAAAAUAGUCUAUUUAAAGCAGACACUUUUCUUAAGGUUCAAACAAGAUGAACUCAAGCGUGUUCUCGCAUCCUUUCACACUUACGCCAGUAUUUUCCUUUAAGGGAGCUCAUACUGAGUCAGGAUGCUCUCCUCUGUGGUUUCACCGGGUUUCCUACAGGAGGGCUUGUUCUGUCCUAGCAUGAUGGUCUAAAGAUGGGACCAGCCGUUAACUCCAAGGUUUAUCGUGACACCGACGACUGUCACAAAUAUUGAAUAGGCUGAGUAGAUGACUGAAAAACCAACUGUUGCUUUGAUCGCAGGAGAGAGAGUCAUUGUUGAAGUCUUUGUAUUUAUUUGAAACGGAGACUAAACAAGAGCUCGGAGCUGCUGUCCAUCUGACCCAGGCGUCUCCUCACCAACAGCCUGGGCAGGAUGGUUGUUCUGCAGUGCUGGAACUAUUUAAUGUCUGGUGGGAACUGGUGGCAGUGUGUGUGUGUGUGUGUGUGUGAGUGUGUGUGAGUGUGUGUGUGUGUGAGAGAGAGAUAUUUCUGAAUAUUGCCUUUUUAGGAAUAUGCAAAUUUGAGACCGAUUGGAUGCUACUUGGUGCAAUGUUUGUAAAGAUUGAGUAACAGAUGAAUAAACGGUUUUGUUUUUAGAAGAAAA